CCCUCCACUGACAGACACGCGCUAGAGCUUGGACAUAACAGACGCUACGUAAGGGGCUCGCUCCAUUCAAACGCAGGCACAAAAAAGAAAAAUUUUCUUGUUCGGGCAGCCAUCUUGGUUGAAAAUUUUGUGUGUGCAGUCAGUGCGCCCAAAGUGGGAAAAAUUUAAGCGCUUUGGUUUUUCAGUGCGGUGUUCCCGAUCAGAGUGAUUCAGUGAAGAAAAGUUAACUGAGUGAAAUUAAUUACGAUGGGUGAUUAUCAUAACGACUCUAUCGGUCAAACUCAUUUGGAUUUGGGUGGAAAUCCGGGACUCGUACUGCGGCGUCCCUUCGAUCCGACCGCCCAUGAUUUAGAAGCAUCCUUCCGAUUGACGCGCUUCGCCGAUCUGAAGGGUCGUGGCUGUAAAGUUCCCAAGGAUGUACUGGAAAAGUUGGUCUCCUCACUGCAGCAGGACUACACCCAGGACCCAGAGGCACAAUAUUUGUCGAUGUCAUCACCUCGAAUCGGAAUCGGUCUAGAUUGUUCGGUCAUUCCCCUACGUCACGGAGGGCUGUGUAUGGUGCAGACGACGGAUUUCUUCUAUCCAAUCGUGGACGAUCCCUACAUGAUGGGAAAGAUAGCCUGUGCCAACGUCCUAAGCGAUUUGUAUGCCAUGGGAGUUACCGAGUGCGAUAACAUGCUGAUGUUGCUUGCCGUCAGCACCAAAAUGACCGAGAAGGAACGGGAUGUCGUCAUACCGCUCAUAAUGCGAGGAUUCAAGGAUUCAGCCCUGGAGGCAGGUACAUCCGUCACCGGUGGCCAAAGUGUCGUCAACCCGUGGAGUACGAUCGGUGGGGUGGCCACCACCAUCUGCCAGCAGAAUGAGUUCAUCGUUCCGGACAAUGCCGUCGUUGGUGACGUCCUGGUUCUGACCAAGGCCCUCGGAACUCAGGUAGCCGUCAAUGCACAUCAGUGGUUGGAUCAAUCGGAACGCUGGAACCGCAUAAAGCUGGUCGUCUCCGAGGAAGAUGUUCGCAAGGCGUACCACCGAUCGAUGGACUCGAUGUCCCGGUUAAACCGUAUUGCAGCCCGGCUGAUGCACAAAUACAACGCUCAUGGUGCCACCGAUAUCACUGGAUUUGGUCUGCUGGGUCACGCACAGACGCUUGCAUCGCACCAGAAGAAUGAGGUUUCCUUCGUUAUUCACAAUCUGCCGGUGAUUGCAAAGAUGGCUGCAGUCGCCAAGGCAUGCGGAAAUAUGUUCCAGUUGCUCCAGGGACACUCGGCGGAAACCUCCGGAGGACUGUUGAUCUGCUUGCCUCGCGAACAAGCUGCUGCCUACUGUAAGGAUAUCGAGAAGCAGGAAGGCUGUCAAGCAUGGAUUAUUGGAAUCGUUGAAAAGGGCAACCGCACGGCUCGCAUCAUCGACAAACCACGAGUGAUUGAAGUUCCGGCAAAGGAGUAAGAUCUUGUAGAUUUUAAAGCAUUCUUUUCUUUACUUCUCCCAUUUGACGAACCCGACCAACGAUGGUCGCCCGAUAUAAGAUAUUCUGUAAGCUUUCAACAUUUCCAUAAUUUGAAAAGUUACACUUAUCCACAAUCACUUGAAGGUCCUAGCAGUAGAAUAACAGAUCCCCUAUCAGAGUUAUAAAUUUAUCCGAGAGAAAAAGAGACAGCAGAUGUGUUAAAAACAAAUAGACGUAAGACAAUUUUACUUUUUUAUUAUUUUUUGAAUCAAACUGUAACCGAACAUUAGAAUUAGUCAUUUUACUGUGGAGUUUUUGAAAAAGACGCAAACUGAUUGCAAACACUAUAAAUUUUUCGUUUUAUGAAAAAGCUUUCAAACAUAUUUUCAAAAAACUGCUAUUAGAAUGUACAUCAGAUACUUUUGUAGACUUUAAAAUAUGGAUAAUAAAACUGUAAUUAAUAAUAUA